AUGGUGCAAGUGUUAUCAGCUAAGGUUAAGAAUGUUAUAAGUAGUGAUACUGUCAUUUUAGUACCAUCUAAAACAACCCAAUUUCCUGUUCCUGAAAGAAUGUUAACCUUAUCAUACGUUAAACCAGGUAAUUCAUUUGAAUCAAAAGAAUUCGUUAGAAACUUAUUGAUCGGUAAAGAAAUCAAAUUCAAAGUGAAUUUCAAACAUCCAACUACUGGAAAAGAAUUUGGUGAUAUUCAAUCACCAAUUUUCACUUCAUUAACUGAGUACUUGGUGGAAAGAGGUAUUGUUGAAUUGAAAGAUAAUAUCGAUGAAACUGAUUUCACUGAUAAUUUAUUAGAUUUACAACAAAAGGCCAAAUUGAAGAAUGCUGGGAUUUGGGGCUCAAGUCCUAAAAUUGAAUUGGUUGAAGUUGAUGAAUCAAUUAUCACCAAAUCUCAAAAGAACAGCAUAUCUACUAUUGUUGAAAAAGUUAUCAAUGGUGAUAGAAUUAUUGGAAGAAUCUUAGUCAAUAAGAGUCAACAUAUAUCGACUCCUUUAUUGUUAGCUGGUAUUAAAUGUCCUAGAACUGAUGAUAUCAAUCAAAGUAAGAACCUUAUUUUAGUGGCCAAUCAAGCUAAACAAUUUGUUGAAGAAAAGCUUUUAACCACUAAGGAUACCAUCAAAAUCAAAAUUGUUGGAGAAAGUCAAAAUGGUAUUCCAAUUGCUUUGUUAGAACAUCCUUCUGGUAAUAAUAUUCAUGAAAAAAUGUUAGAGAAAGGGUAUGGAGAAAUUGUUGAUUGGCAAUCAACUUUGAUAGGAUCUCAAACUAUGAGUAUUUUAAGAAGGGCAGAACAAACUGCUAAAGCUUUAGGUAAGGGUAUCUAUGAUACUGGUAAAACUAUUAGUAAUCCAGCUAUCAGUGGUAAAAUUACUGCUAAACAUUUAAGACCAGGUUUAACUGUUGAUAAUGUAGUUGUGUCAAGAGUUUUACAAGCUGAUACUUUGAACGUAAAAUUACCUUCAGGGGAAGAAAAGACCGUUCAAUUAGCAUCUUUAAGAUCACCAAAACAAAAUGAUUCCACUAUUACUACCAAUCAACAAUAUCAAUUAGCUUUAGUUAAUAGUGCUAGAGAAUUUGUUAGACAACAAGUAGCUGGAAAAACUGUUUCAAUGUAUAUUGAUGGAUUUAGAACUGAAAAUAAAGAUUUAGGUUUGGAAAGCAGAUUCACCGUUAGUAUUAAAGUAGGACAAAAUGAUUUAAGUGAAAUGAUCUUAAACAAAGGUUGGGCUACUGUCAUUAAACAUAAUAAACAAACCAUUGAUGAAAGAUCAUUGAAUUGGGAUAAAUUAGUUGAAAUCGAAGAACAUCAAAAGAAAUCAGGUAAGCAUGGUAUUUAUUUCAAAGGUGAUAUUUCUAAAGUGUUAACUGUUGGUACUAGAAUUGUUGAUGCUUCAGAAAACUUAUCAAGAUCCAAAUCUUUCUUUAGUAAUUUCAAACAAAAGGGAAGAAUUAGUGGUGGUUAUCAUGUUGAAUUCAUUCCUUCUGUCAAUAGAGUUAAAUUAUUUAAUCCUAAAGAAGGAUUGAAAUUAACUUUAAUCUUAGGUGGUUUAGCCAAUGAAAAAUCUGAAUUCAGUGAAAAAGGUUUAGAGUUCAUGAAUUCCAAGUUCUUACAAAAAAAUGUAGAAUUUGAUAUUUAUGAUUUGGAUAAAAUUGGUGGAUUCAUUGGUAAUUUAUACUUGAAUGCCAACAGUUUGAAACCAGUUCAAGUUAAUUUAUUAGAAAAUGGGUUUGUCAAAACACACGAUAUUGCUGUAGGAUCAAAUUCUUUCGAAAAUGAUUUCGUCAAAGCUGAAGAAUCAGCUAAAAAUGCUAAAAAAGGACUUUGGUCAAAAGACCAAGUUGCCACCGUCACUAGUGCUUUCAAAGAAGUUUCAAUUGCCAAACCAUCAUUCCAUGAUAUUGAAGUCACUUACAUUGACUCUAACGGUGUCAUUUAUUAUCAACAAUUAGAUUCUUCAACUAAGAAUAAAUUUGCUACCUUCAAACAAGAUUUCGAUGAUUUCCAUCAACAAAAUCCAAGUGCUACCAGUACUUCUUAUGAUUUACCUUUCAAUUUAACCAAGCCUCCAAAAAAGAAUGAUUUAGUUUCAGUUAAAUUACAAGACAAUGGUAAAUAUUAUAGAGGUAAAAUCUUGUCUUUCGAUAAAUCAUCCAAUCUUUAUGAAGUUAGACAUUUAGAUUAUGGUAAUGUUGACGAAGUUCCAUUGUCAUCAUUAAGAGUUUUACCAACAUUUUUUUCGAUUCAAACUAGUCCUGUAUUCAGUCAUUCUUGUAAGUUAAGAUUCGUCAAGUUACCUCCAACUAAACCUGUCAAUUACUUAAAUGAUGCUUUAGAUUUGUUAGAUGAGUUAACAUUUGAAAAGACUUUAGUUAUCAAUGCUUUACCUCUCUCAAAUGAUAUUGCUGAAUUCGAUGUCAUUUUAUAUGACUCCCAAGAAUCGUUGAAAGACUCCAGUUACACCAUCAAUAGAAAAUUGGUCGAAGAAGGUAUGGCCAUUGUAGAUGAUUCAAUUAAAUCAGAUGAUCCAUUAUUCAUCGAAUUAAAGAAAGUUCAACUGAAAGCCAUUGAAGGUCAUAAAGGUUGUUGGAAAUAUGGAAAAGUUUCCUAUGACGAAGAAGAAUUAUAA